GUGAGAGACCCCCAGAGAAUCUCCAUGCGCUUUAAAAACUCAGUCCACCCAUUUUCUCUUCAAAGUCAUCAAACUAAGGGAGGGAAGAAAAACAAAAAUUCAAGAAUUCAAGCGAACGAAAUGGCGGCGGAUAGGGCGACGGUGAUGGUGGUGGGAAUCGAUGACAGUGAGCACAGCCUCUACGCUCUCCAGUGGACCCUACUCCACUUUUUCUCCGGCAGCACUGCUGCUUCUGCUUCUCCAUUCAAUCUCAUCGUUGUCCACGCUAAGCCCACGGCUUCCUCCAUCGUCAGGUUCGCUGGCCCUGGAGCUGCUGAUGUGGCUCCGUACGUGGAGGCUGAUCUGAGGAAGACUGCUUCCAGGGUUUUACAGAAAGCCAAGGAUCUCUGCGUUACUAACUCGGUCGGUGGCGUGCUGCUCGAAGUAAUCGAAGGAGAUGCAAGGAAUGUCCUAUGUGAGGCAGUAGAAAAACACCAAGCAGAUAUCUUGGUGGUGGGCAGCCAUGGCUAUGGAGCAAUAAAAAGGGUUGUUUUAGGAAGCGUCAGCGAUUACUGUGCUCAUUAUGCUCACUGCAAUGUGAUGAUAGUGAAGAAGCCCAAGCAUAAGCACUAAUUUCUCUAUCCGAAUGUUAUCAGGUUAUCUAACUACUUGCUCCUCUCUCUAUUGAGAACAGAAGUAUUGAAGGUUAAUGUGACUGCGUUAUGCUUCUUGUCAGAUGUUCGAUAUUUAAGUAAAUGUAAAUGUAUCAUAAGCCUUCGUGUUUUAUUACAGUUUUCUCAUGUAGUUCUCUUAUGUAUAUUUUAUCUGAGACAAUAUAUUAAGUGAAAUUUAGAAACUUA